AUGAAAUCAAAACGCCACGUGUUUCUUACGGGUGACCCCGGCGUUGGAAAAAGCACUCUGUGCCAGAGGGUAAUCCGGCAGACAUCGGAGAUGGUGUGGGCGGGCUUCUACACAGCGGAGCUUCGCAAUGAACAAGGUGAACGCCUUGGCUUUGAUGUGGUGACUCUGGAUGGGUCCCGCGGACCGCUGGCUCGUGUAGGCAAGGGCCGCGGUCCAUCGGUGGGCAAAUAUACUGUUGAACUAAGCAGCUUUGAGCGCUUGGCAUUACCGGCACUGAAUGUUUCGACUCGUCGCCCAACGCUGCUGCUUGUCGAUGAAAUAGGUAAGAUGGAGCUCUUCUCGCGUGCUUUCUUCCCGGCUGUUCGCGCCGCACUUGAUUCUACUUUUUUGGUGGUUCUUGGCACCAUCCCAAGCCAGAAAGGGGCCAGGACCCUUCGCGAGGUGGAGGAGGUGUCCGCCCGCGAGGAUGUCGAAGUCCUAACGGUGACCCGGUUCAACCGCGACGCGCUGGUGCAGGAGGUUAUAGUCAGGCUACAAGAAAGCAUGCGCUCAAUGCAGAGUAGCGACGCUUCGUAAGGGCCCGAUGAGCGGCAGGCAACCGUGCCGGCAACCGCGGUGAGCAGCAGCCGUCAGCAUCAGCGACCUCCGUCAUCAGCACGCCAUGUACUAAGUACCAUGAGGAUAGGUUCGGGGGCGCAGCAGCAACGGCAGAAGCAAGGAUUGUUGUGACGCGGCAAGGUGACAUUCCGUGGUACCCUGGUAUCAUCAAGCUUUUGCAGCGGAGAAACCCGAGGAGACAAUUCCGGCAGUCAUGAGAGUCCUAAAUUGGGGUCCUAGCAGGAGAGGUGCGCAGUGGGCCUGGCUGAUGCCGAUGGAAACGUUUGGCAGUUACGCAAGGUUGCUGGCUCCGCAUGUGCAAGGAGCUCCUCGAGGACCACAUCUGCACCGCAGCGGGUCUGCUGCAUGGGCUGUAACC